GUUCCUAAAUAAAGCUUAAUUUUUAUUGUGCACUAUGUCUUGUUAAUAUUAUAUUAAUGCAGUAAGAACAUAAUCUGUGAUAUGGAAUUCGAGGAUUGGUGGUAAAAACAUAACCGGAAAUCUCCAUAAAGGGAAAGAAAUUCCAUGUAUUUUUGGAUUUCAUAUCAACGUGAGAAGUUAGAUGUCUUGGACUGUUUAUUUUAAUUUCUUAAUUUCCUCGAAUAUUUAUUUAUUUCGAGAAGGUGGUUAGCUUGGCUAUUGUUUACGGUUAUGACGCAAUCUAGUGAACUGAAUUUCAAGUAUUUUGUGAUUGUGAAAAGGGAUGUGUAGGUGCCAUUUGUUGUGGAUGAUGGAAGUGGACCAGUCGGCAGAAUAUCUUUAAAUUUCAUAGUCGCGUAUCGUAUGGUGCUAAACUAAACAACAUUCAUCACGUAUUCGAAUAAUGGAUACUUUUCUUUACUGAGAGCUCUAGGUUGGAGUGGUAUUCAAAUGAUGAAGAUGUAAAAAUGUGUACCAUGAAAGGAAAAUCUGAAGAAGAAUGCCAAAAUUAUAUUCGUGUUUUAGCUAGAAAAUCUGAAGAUACGAUUCUUGUAUGUGGUACAAAUGCCUUUAAGCCCCUUUGUCGAGUCUAUAUACUGGAUGCUGAUUAUAGCCAGAAAGGUGAAAAAUCUGGAGAAGGUCUUUGUCCAUAUGAUCCUACACACAACAGCACAGCCAUAUUUGCAGGACCAUUAAAAGAGAGAACAGAUGGAGAUCUGUAUGUAGCUACAGUAGCUCAGUUUACAGGAGCUGACCCUUUAAUUUACCGACAACCCCUAAGAACUGAACAGUUCAACUGGAAGCACUUAAAUGCCCCUAAUUUUGUGAGUUCUGUGCACCACGAUGAAUUUGUGUAUUUCUUUUUCCGAGAAACGGCAGUAGAAUAUAUUAACUGUGGUAAGACUGUUUAUUCAAGAGUUGCAAGGGUCUGCACCAAAGAUAAAGGUGGACCACAUAAGUUUCGAAAUAGGUGGACUUCAUUUUUAAAAGCCAGACUGAAUUGCUCUAUUCCUGGAGAGUUUCCAUUCUAUUUUAAUGAAAUUCAGUCUACAACAAAUGUAGUGACUGGAAAAUACAGUGGCAAAGAAGCUCAGUUGAUAUAUGCUGUGUUUACUACCCCACCAAAUAGCAUCAGUGGCUCAGCUGUAUGUGCCUUCAGUUUAGAAGAUGUUCUUCAUGCUUUUAAUGGACCUUUUAAAGGUCAAGAUGACAUCAAUUCCAAUUGGCUUCCUGUAGCAAGUACCAAAGUACCUGAGCCUCGUCCUGGACAGUGUGUGAAUGACUCAAGAACAUUGCCAGAGGUGACAGUCAAUUUCAUUGAGGUUAAUAGUCUAAUGGACAGGGCUGUCCCAUCAUUCUGGAAUCAUCCUGUUGUUUUACACACAGUAUUUCAGUACCGUUUCACACAAAUUGCUGUUGAUCCUCAAAUAGAAACAGCAGAUGGAAAGCAUUAUGAUGUUCUGUAUGUGGGUACUGAUAAUGGAAAAGUGCUGAAAUGUAUAAAUGCAGGAAGUGAUUCUUCCACUGGAAAAGUUAUUCCUGUUGUGAUUGAAGAAUAUCAAGUUUUCCAACAUCAAAUGCCAAUUGCAAAUCUUAUGGUUUAUCAUACACCUUAUGAAGCAAAGCUUGUUGUUGUAUCUCGUGAAGAAAUCAAAACAGUCCCAUUAUAUAGCUGUGAUCAUUAUGCCAAAACUUGCAGUGAAUGUGUUUCUCUUCAAGACCCUUAUUGUGCAUGGGAUAAAUCACGAGGCGUGUGCAGUAGUUCACGACAUAGGGUGUGGAAGAGAGAGACAUUUGUACAAAAUGUAGAAGAAGGUUUUGAUGCAAGAUGCCAUGAAGGACGGGCAACUGCUGGUGGGACAACCCCUCAACGGUCCCCUCACCAUUCAGCCAGUCGUCAUGACACUCCUGGGGGUGGUUCCCCUCCUUCUUCUUCUUCGACUACUGAGACAGAGGAUGAUCUGAAAGAAGGCAAAACAAAUUUUUUCCCUGCAGGUGGAACUACCGGAGCGUCAAGAGGUCACCAGUACAUGUAUACAGCGGAGACAUUAGCCAUUGCUGUCACGACAAGCAUUGUUUCAUCAUUAGUAGUUGGUUUCAUCAGUGGCUAUAUCUUCAGUCGUCGAUGCAAGUCAGAAGAAGUGGACUCUCCAUAUGAUGAUGCACACUACCUAGAACAAAGAGGAAGCUGUGACACUCCUCAUUUAAAUCACACUGAAGGUUUUCUCUCACCCACAACUAACAAACCUAUCAACCUCGUCCUAAAUGUACCUCCAAAAAACGGGAAUGGCAAGAGUGCUAACAGUUCUGCUGAUAACAGACCUGUGCAAAAAGUGAAAAAGAUAUAUUUAUAGUUGCUCUAUUGCUGAAAUAUAUUGUCAUCUUUGAUCGUCCAACAUUCCAUAUUCAUGGUGGUGUCUGCUAGAUUACUGACAGUUCUAUCUCAGCAAGUUGAUGAGGCAAAAAGAGAUAAAGCUGAAGUUUUGAUUAUGCAUGCUAUUUGGAUGGUAGUUUAUGUGCUGUGUGCUUUAACUUGGCACUGGUUAUUUUUGGCCAUGUGACUGGAAUAGAUGACACUAAGCAGCAAAUUUUGUCUUCAAAUAUGAUGUUUUCUGCUUAGACUGACAUUUUACACAUACAAAAAAAAAAAAAAAAAAAAAAAAAAAAAAAAAAAAAA